AUGCCCCGCCCCGCCAACAACGCCAACGUCGCCGCGGGCAAGUCGACCAGAAUGUUCAGCCUGGACAUGGUCGCUGCGCUCUUGAUGUCCUGCUCCGUGACCACUCUCACUCACAAGCAGUACGAGUUGAUGAGCGCGCUGGACGGCCAGAAGACGGUGUCGGCACUCCAGCAUGACUUCCGGGCCGUCAUGGCGAAGGCCAAGGAGCUCAAAGAGAGAAUCGACGGCGGUGAGGAAUUCGUGCCUGUCGCUGCGAAGAAGAGACCUGCUUCUUCGAUGAAGGGCGAUGGCCCACCAACGAAGAAGGCGAAGACCACCAAGGCUGGAAGAGCUACACCCAAGCCUCGUGGAGGAAAGAACAUGGGCAAGCCAAAGGACAUCGACACGCCCCCCAGCUCUCCGCCUUCGCUCGACAAUGACUUCGCCGACGCCGAAGAUGAUGGUAUCGACAAGACCAAGCUUGAUGCGUUUGACAGUGAUACCUCAGUCAACGCAUUCAUCAAGCAGGAGAUGAAUUGGGUCUAG